CCAGUCGAAGGACAGGAGAUCCGGGAUGUCUGAGGACGGCAGCGGUUCAGCUGAGAAGCGAACAGAUGAGGGCACCCAAGAAGUGUUACAGAGUCUUUCCAUGGAAUCUGCAGAGCCUGGUUCACCUCCACCGCCACGACCACUUCAGCCACAGGUGCUGGUCUGUGAAGACACACCACUCAGGACCUUACAGGAGAUGAACAACAGCAGCGGGUCGGAGGAAGAUGCCCAAAAAGCCGUAAAGCGUCCUCUUAAGAUGUUACUGAAGCCAAGGAGGCUAUAUCAGUACCAUGGCGCUCGCAACCCCCAAUUAACACCAUCACCACAUGGGUCCCAGCCAAUGACAACGCAGCCAAUGACAACGCAGCCGCAGCCACCGCCACCGCUGGAGGACUCUCCACCGCCACCGCCACCAAGUGGGGGCGAUUUAAGCAAGAUGGAGGACACAGAGAAGACUGACACGCCAGACAAGUUGGACAACAGCAGCGGGUUAACCGAUGAGUCCGAAGAAGGGUUGACAGCUGAGAAUGCAGAAGAAUUGCUGCAGAGUCCUCUGAAAAAGCCGCGGAGGGACAGUGGGUAUUGCCUGCCCAAAGAGAGGAGUCCUGCUUCGUCGACAACUAGGAGGAGGGUUUUGACGUACCCUGAUGACCUCAAGGCAGACAUCAAGAGAGUCUUCCGUGAUGUGUGGAGUGAAACGAUCACCGUCGGCAUGAUGAAUGCCGUUCUCCAGAGACAGCCAGCACUUCUGCAGAAAUGCCAAAAGCUCAAGAUGACCAUCCAUAAUUUCCGGGCUCUGGUCCACAAAUUGCAGAACAAGUGAUUUUCUAUUUUUUUGCUGUA